AUGAACACUGAAAAUUCUCUUAUACUGGUGAAUAACGGGCUCAAUAACUUGGAGAAAACGGUGAACUCAACGAAGGACGAAUUAGCUUCAAGGAUUGCAAGGGCAGACCUUUGGCUCAACAGCACCACCGAAAGACUUGAUCAAGAAGACGUCAGCAUAAAAUCACUUAUUAACGACAUCAACGCAACUUUGUCUUUGAAGGUAGAGAAUGUGAGUAAGCUACAGGGCCCCGUUGGACCAGCCGGACCUCAGGGAUUCAAUGGAACACAGGGUCCUCAGGGGGUGAUAGGUCCACAGGGUUCUAACGAAUCACAAGGGUCACCGGGAUCAGAUGGACUCCAAGGAGCCGCAGGACCCUCAGGACCCCCUGGAGCAGGAGACUUUUCACAAUGUGAGUUCAUGACUAGCACGGACACAGGAUCCCAGACUGCUUUCCAAGGCAACACUCUUCCAGCUGCAACUAAAGUCAUCCUAACUGAACCAACUGUAAACCUCGCCCAACUGUAUAUCUUGGAAGCUGAGAUUGUUCCAUCUACAAACAACCAAGUGUACCACUGUGAGUGCUAUGGAAAUCAAGGAAGUGUUGGGACAAUCAAAAGUAUUCAAUGCUUCAUGCAUUAUUGGUUAUGUCCCUUAACAACAUAAAAGUGACACGCCA